UUUCCGGUGGUGGGCCUGGGGCGCAGGCGCAGUUUCACCGUGGGCCGGCCUGGCGGUUGGGCUGUGGGUUGUCCGAGAGGUCUUCGUGGAGCUCCUGGGUAUUGGUGGCCCUGCAGCCAUGGUGAUCCUGAGAUGCAGUUCUCUGAGGCCUUUUCCAAGAGCUUCAAGGCAGAGACGGAUGUGAAGGGCGACAUCCUGUAACUGGUGACGGAACUUUGGGAAGAGCUUCGGCCCACGUGCCGGAAGGACCUUGACUGCCUCAAGACUGCCCAUCACCAAGAAAGGAGCAUGGAGGAUAAGGAGGGAGUGACUUCGGGCUUCCGAGCAGACCGAUCCCAGACAAAUGACACAAAGAAAACAAGAGGAAAAAAAUCAGCACAACUUCUCAAUACAGUGAAAAAGUCCGAAGACACAAGUAACGGCCGACACCUGCGGACCUCGCGCUUCUGUAAAACGGCUGCAGUAACAUUCAAGGAUGUGGCUGUGGACUUCACUCAGGAGGAGUGGAGACAACUGGACCCUUCCCAGAGGAACCUCUAUCGGGAUGUGAUGCUAGAGAACUAUGAGAACCUUGUCUCCCUGGGGCUUCCAGUAUCCAAACCUGAUGUGAUCUCCCAAUUGGAGAGAGGAAAAGUACCUUGGAUGCAAGAUGGAGAAUCCCUAAAGGGCACUUGUCCAGAUUCUUUUAUUCAAGAGACGAGGUCUGGAAUCAUGGACUCUACUCUAAAGCAGAGUAUUUAUGUAAGAGUGCCAUCCCAGGGAAGACUCAAAAAGGAUGAUCCCACGCUGGGAAAGACUUGGGAAGAGGAUGCCAAGUUAGAGAGGAGGAAGAGCAGCCAGAGGAAACAAUCCAGACAAGUGACAAUCACUCCAAAAAAUCUUGCUAAACAGAGGCAUUUCCGUGAAAGUAAUACACAUGGGAGAAAGUUUAGUUUAGGAUCAGUCUUUGUUCCAAAACAGAAUGUUGCUUUAGGAAAAAGUCACCAGAAUUAUGGUACACAAGGAAAUAGCAUCAAACCAAUUUCAGACUUAGUUAAACAUAGUAAAGUCUCUAAAGGGAAGACCCUUUCUAAGUAUAAUUGUAAGAAGCCCUCCAGUUAUCACUCAGACUUUGUUCCGUUUCAUAUGAUGCAUUCUGGAGACAAACCGUGUAAAUGUAACGAAUGUGAGAAAGCCUUCAGUAAGAACUCACAUCUUGCUGAAAACCGGGGAAUUCAUCCUGGAAAGAAAAAUGAAUGUGGGAAAGAGUUAAGCCAUAGUGGAAGCUUGUCUCAAAAUAAGAGGGCUAAUAUUGGAGAGAAACCCUUUAAAUGUCAUUAUUGUGGCAAAGCCUUUAACAACAACUCAAGCCUCAUUCUGCACCUAAGAAUUCACACUGGUGAGAAACCCUUUGAGUGUAAUGAAUGUGGCAAAGCCUUCAGCCAGAGGGGAAACCUUAAUGAACACAAGAAAAUUCAUACUGGAGAAAAACCAUUCAAGUGUAGUGAAUGUGGCAAAGCCUUCAGCAGCAAUUCUAGCCUUACUCUGCAUCAAAGAGUUCACACUGGAGAAAAACCUUUUAAGUGUAAUGACUGUGGGAAAGCCUUCAGCCAGAGGGGAAAUCUCAAUGAACAUAAGAGAACUCAUACUGGAGAAAAACCUUUUGAGUGUAAUGAAUGUGGGAAAGCAUUCAGCCAAAGGGGCCAUCUUACUGAACAUCAGAGAAUUCAUUCUGGAGAGAAACAUUUUGAAUGCAGUGAAUGUGGGAAAGCCUUCAACCAUAGAGUAUCUCUUAUUGAUCAUCAGAGAAUUCAUACAGGAGAGAAACCCUUCGAGUGUAAUGAAUGUGGGAAAGCCUUCAACCAGAGAGGGCACCUUAAUGAACAUAAAAGAAUCCAUACUGGAGAGAAACCUUUUGAAUGUAAUGAAUGUGGGAAAGCCUUCAUCCAUAAGGGAAGCCUUACUGAGCAUCAGAGAAUUCAUGCUGGAGAGAAACCCCUUGAAUGUAAUGAAUGUGGCAAAACCUUUAGCCAUCGGACUUCCCUCUAUUCUCAUCUGAGAAUUCAUACUGGAGAGAAACCCUUUGAAUGUAAUGAUUGUGGGAAAGCUUUCAGCCAUAAUGCAUCUCUUAUUUAUCAUCAGAGAAUUCAUACUGGAGAGAAACCUUUUGAAUGUAAUGAAUGUGGGAAAACCUUCAGCCAUAGGAGAUCCCUUCUCCACCAUCAGAGAGUUCAUACUGGAGAGAAACCCUUUCAGUGUAAUGAAUGUGGGAAAGCAUUCAGCCAGCGAGGGAACCUUUUUUAUCAUCAGAGAAUUCAUACUGGAGAGAAACCCUUUGAAUGUAAUGAGUGUGGAAAAGCUUUCAGUCAUAGUACAUCCCUUAUUUAUCAUCAUAGAGUUCAUACUGGCGAGAAACCCUUUGAGUGUAAUGAAUGUGGCAAGGCAUUCAGCCAGAGAGGGCAACUUAAUAAGCAUCAAAGAAUUCAUACUGGAGAGAAACCUUGUAAAUGUAACGAAUGUGGGAAGACUUUCAGUCAGACAGGACACCUUCUUAGACAUCAGAGGGUUCAUACUGGGGAGAAACCCUUUGCAUGUAAUAAAUGUGGUAAGUCCUUCAGCCAGAGGGGAAGCCUUGUUCUACACCAGAGAAUUCAUACUAGAGAGAAACCCUUUCAAUGCAGUGUGUGUUCAAAAGCCUUCAGUCAUAGAACAUCCCUUACUUGUCAUCAGAGAAUUCACAAUGGAAAAUAAGCCGAUGAAUAUAAUGAAUUUGGAAACUCCUUCAGCUUUGGUCAUCUUAGCCACAGGGGACACCUUACUAAAUACCAGAAAAUUCAUAAUAGGAAGCCCAUAAGUGUAAUGCUGUGAAAAUGCCUUCAGCACUAGUUGAACCCGUCAGGCAUCAGAGAAUUAGUAUUGAAGAAAAUCCUUAUAAAAGUCUCAACUGACAAAACCUUUGAUGUAUUCAUGCCUCAUCAGGCACCAGAGACUUUAUGUUGGAGAUUAAUGAUUAAUGAUGGGGAAGGAAUAUUCUGGGGAAGCCUUCAUAAAAAACUGCCACUUGUCAAAUACCGUAUAAUUAAGAGGGGAAUCUUCACCAACUACAUUAUUGUAGCAUACCUCCCUUUAUCACCCUUCUUGUAAUAUACAUCAGCUGCCUUCAGUAACAAGUUCUGCAAUAAGUAUGCUCAAGCAGAAUCUGAAAAGACAUUUGUGUAACCAAGGUUACAGAAAAUGUUUAGUCAAACCACUGAAGUGUUAUAUUUAUUUAGUUGCAAGGGAUUCUAUUCUCCCCAUACUUUAAUUUUUCCUUUUAAAAAUUCUGAACUUACUAUCCAACAGCAAACAAUACAGUUGCACAAGGAAGAAUAAAAUAUUGUACAUGAAACUCUACACCCUAUUUUUUGCAGUUUAUUAAAUAAAAAUGUCUAUGUUCCCUUCACCAGGUCAGUCAGCAUCGAAUAGUGUGUGUAGGGGGGGGGGGGGACGGACUGUCUGCCAUUUACUCUCUUUGUGGCCUUUGGCAAGUCACUCAAGCCCUCUCUGUAUGAAGAGUAACUUCCUAGGAGUUCAGUACUACCAGCUCCUGUUUCUAUUGAGGGCACCAAAAGCAUACUGCAAACUCCAGGUUUGCAACCUUGGAGUCAUCUUUCCUUUUCUGUCCUCUUAGUCUGUCUGCUGCUGACUUGUAGUUUCCACUUCCACAGCCUCUUUUCAAUCUGUCCUCUUUCCCCUUCGUUCAAACUCUUCUCACCUCUCACUUGGACUACUGUAGUAGCUUCCCAAUUGCUCUCCCUGUCUCUUCUCUUUGAAAAGAAGUUUUAUCCAGGCGGUGGCGUCACAGAGCCAGAUUGCAAGCAUUUGAGCACUAGGAUUGGAAGAAGUGGGGCCACUAAGUGGAGAUGGCUUUUUUCCAUCUUGAAGUAAUGGAAGAGUCAGUUAAGGAGGAAAUAUAUAUAUACAUACACACACACACACACACACACACACAUGCAGGCAAAGUAUAAAGUGAGGUCUUCUGAGUAGGAUGGCUUAUUGUAUAGUCUAGGUGGCUUGACGAUAAAAAGUUGGAACAGACUCUGUAGGGAGUAAUUUUUUUUAAGGCUAUUAGUAUGUAAGAGAUUGAAAAAAAAAUCCAGUGUCAGUUUUUUUUGUUUGUUUUCUUUUCCUUAGCAAUCAGUUAUCUCCUUUAACAUGCAUAUUUGUUGUGAGCUGGCAUUGACGCUGCUCUCCUGCCCAACCUCUUGAGGGAAAGGUUCUUCUGAUGUAUCCGUAUACCCUGAUUCUUAGUUGACAAUCAUGUUUGAGUCAGUCCCCGUCACUGGAGACCAGUUUUUCCGCAUCCUCCCAGAAAUGCCCCAGGGCAUAUGUCUGUUUCCUCUGAAGUCUCAUCAAGUGGUUGAAUGGUGAAAGUUAUCAAAUUGAGCAAAGGUCUUCUGAUCAUCUCUACUACAGAAAAAGCAUGUCCUGUGUUUAAAAAAACAAAGUUUCUAUUCUGUUUUUUCUUUUCAUUUUAAAUUAUCAAGAAAUGCCAUGUUUUGUCGGACUUUUCUUGGAUAUUUUCAUAUAGUGUGGAUUUUUUAUGUGCUGUAAUAUGUUGAUAAUAAUGCUUAUGUGUACCAACAUUUCAUUCCUGCAAUAAAUCCUGCUUAGUUAUUAGAAUGUAAACUCCUAGAGGACACAGACUGUGUUUUUCUUUUUAUCCUCAACACUUAGCACAGUGUUUGGCACUUAGUGCUAAUCAUGAGGUGAUUAAAUAAUGCUUGUUGCUUGAUGAUGAAUAAUUUUGUUUCCAUAUUUUAUAAACUAAUAUUUAAUAUUUUUGCAUGUAUAUUAAAUAGAAAAUAAGCCUAUAAUUUUAUUUUCUAGCAUCAUCUUGCUGAAAUUUGCCCAUUUAAUGUAGUAUCAAUCAGGAUUUUAUUCUGAUUAUUCAUGUUAUUAUUCAGGAAACUCAAUAAAAGAAUAGUGAACUUUA